AUGAGCAACGACAAGGACAACAACUUCAACAUGUCCGGUCUCACCUCCGCUCUUAACGAGGAUGAUCGUGCUGGGCUUGUUAAUGCUCUUAAGGACAAGUUGCAGAAUUUGGCUGGACAACACUCUGAUGUUCUUGAGAACUUGACUCCCACUGUCAGGAAGCGAGUUGAGGUUCUAAGAGAGAUUCAGAACCAACAUAAUGAAAUUGAAGCCAAGUUUUUCGAGGAGAGGGCAGCGCUAGAAGCCAAAUAUCAAAAGUUGUAUCAGCCUUUUUAUACCAAGAGAUAUGAGAUUGUGAACGGUGUGGUUGAAGUUGAAGGUGCACCUGAAGAAGUAAAAACAGAACAGGGAGAAGAUAAAGCUGCUGAAGAGAAAGGAGUACCAGAUUUCUGGCUUAUUGCACUGAAGAACAAUGAAAUAACUGCUGAGGAGAUAACUGAGAGAGAUGAAGGUGCUCUUAAGUAUCUUAAGGAUAUCAAGUGGAACAGGGUUGAAGAGCCAAAAGGGUUCAAGCUUGAGUUUUUCUUUAAUGAGAACCCUUACUUCAAGAACACUGUCUUGACCAAGACAUAUCACAUGAUUGAUGAAGAUGAGCCUAUCCUCGAGAAGGCCAUCGGGACGGAGAUUGAAUGGUAUCCUGGAAAAUGUUUGACUCAAAAGAUCCUUAAAAAGAAGCCAAAGAAGGGAUCCAAAAACACAAAACCGAUCACUAAGACUGAGGACUGUGAGAGUUUCUUCAACUUCUUCAAUCCACCUCAAGUUCCUGAGGACGACAAUGAUCUUGAUGAUGAAUUGGCUGAAGAACUCCAGGCCAAAAUGGAGCAUGAUUAUGAUAUCGGAUCAACCAUUAAAGAGAAAAUCAUAUCGCAUGCUGUGUCAUGGUUUACUGGUGAAGCUGUUGACGUAGAUGACCUUGAGAUGGAAGACGAUGAUGAGAUUGAUGAAGAUGAUGAUGAGGAGGACAAGGAAGAUGAUGAUGAGGAGGACGAGGAUGAUGAUGAUGAUGAUGAUGAUGAUGAUGAAGAAGAAGAAGAAGAAGAGCAAGGAAAGAAGAGCAGAAAGAAGAAGUCUGGAAGAAGUCAGCUUGCGGAAGGUCAACAAGGUGAGAGGCCACCGGAGUGUAAGCAGCAGUGA